AUGCCUGGGAAUCUCAUUGUUUCCAAAGAACGAAAAAUAGUUAUGAAUGUUUUAAGGUAUUUUAAAAAUGAAUUUUCUCAAAACCAAUUAAGUAUCCCACUUUGUCAACCGAUCAAAAGAGCUGCGGAAGCGACCGGUGUUUCGACUAGAACUGUAAAUCGUAUAAAGCGGGAAGUAACGAAUACUGGCGAUGUAAAGUCUCCCUCGAAACGAAGACGCAUCGGAAAAUUAAUUUGUUCUUUUACCCGUUUGGAUGAUUUUGACUUUUGUGUUAUAAAACAAACUGGCAGCGAAUUUUAUGCCAGAAAUGAAGUGCCUUCUUUACGAACUUUUCUGCCAGCUGUUAAGGAAAAGAUCAAUUUUCCCUGGAAAGUGGAAACACUAAGACGUGUUCAACAGAAAAUUGGAUUCAAAUGGAAGCGAUCUGUAGAUAAAAGGAAAAUUGUCAUGGAAAGGCCCGACAUCGUGCAAUGGAGGUACAGGUGUUUAAGAGAUAUUAAAAAAUACAGGGAUAGCAAACGAGCUAUUGUCUAUUUAGAUGAAACUUGGAUAGAUAGAAACUUGUCAUUUGGGAAGUGUUGGCAGCUCGACAAGAUUGGAGCUGUCACCAAACAAACUGCUGGGAAAGACUUGAUCGUUGUUCAUGCAGGAAGCCAGGAUGGUUUUAUAGAAGGAGCAAGCUUAGUUUUUCAGUCCGGAACAGCCAAAGGAGAUUAUCAUGGCCAAAUGAACUAUGAUAACUUUUCCAAGCGGCUGCAAGAAAAACUUCUUCCUAAUAUUCCUCCACAUUGUGUGAUUUGCAUGGACAAUGCUUCUUAUCACACAAAAGUGUUAAAUCCUGUACCUUCAAAAUAUUCCACAAAGAAAAAGUUAUCAGAAUGGUUAGAAGAACGCCUUAUUCCAUUUGAUGUUAAUAUGCGUAAGCCUGACUUAUACGAUUUAGUUGUAUCCCACGCCCCUCCAUUCAAGAUGUCUUGUGUGGAUGAAAUUUUAAAAGCAAAUGGUCAUGAUGUCUUAAGAAUUCCGCCAUAUCAUUGUGAUUUAAAUGCCAUCGAAAUGGCAUGGUCAUCCACAAAAAGAUACGUGCGGGAUAGAAAUAUUAAUGGCGAGCUCAAUAUAACAACGCUAAGAGAUCUGACCAUAAAUGGACUUUUAAACGUGACAAAAAAUGAAUGGAAGAGUUUUUGUGACCAUGUUAAAAAGGUUGAAAAGAAAUAUUGGGAGAUUGACAAUCUAGUUGAACAAACUAUCGAUGAGAUUAAUUUCGUUGUAGGGGAUGAUUCAGACGAUUCAAAAGCAACUACCUCUGCCGAAUCUGAUUUCGAAUAUAACAGCGAGUCCACUUUAAGCGGCACUGAAAUAAUAUUCUAA